UCAUGUCGCCGAAGAACUCUAUUAGCUCUUCUUCGCAAUGGGGAAUCGAGACAGACCCGAGGUCCGGAGCAUACAAGGCAUCAAGCCCCAACAUCAAGGGUCGAGAAGUGAAUGGCGUAGAACAAGACGUUGAUCACACCGAGCGCAGUCAGGAGAGCAUCGAGGCUAUUACAUCUUCAAGGCCGAAACACGGUCCACUGAUCCAUUUACCUAUUGCGACUUUGAACAGUAAUGAUAGAGGAAGCCCUGAUACAACAUACUGGAAUAAUAUCUACUCUCUUGAUGAGGAUGCAGCGUCUCAUACCUCAUCCAUGACAGCACACCAGGAAUCAGACCCCUCAAAGACCACAGCCCAAAGGAGGAGAUCGAUAGGAAAUGAUUCCGAUGAUUCUCAAGAAAGCUGCGUAAUGUGCAGGGAGAACAACGAACGUCGCAGAAAUCAAAGGUUCGCUUCUGGUCUACCAAACGCCCACGAAGCAUCAAGGACCCAACUCAAAGACGAUGGUGUAACGGACGUCUCCGUGGACGAUAUUGCCCCUCCUUUGUCACCCACAUCAUACGAUGCCUUACUGGAAAGUUACAGAGGCACCAUAGUCAUCCAGGUAAACCUGAUCCGUGAUCUCCACAAAUCGCUUGACAAAUACCGCGAGCGGGUCUCCGACCUCGAGCAACAUGCAAUUCCAAGAUAUUUAGAGUGGGCCGAGAACUCACGGGUUUCGAAUGAGCGUUUGAGCAAAGAUAUUGUAGACCUGAGAGAUAAGAAUGCACGGCUGAGGGCUGCCCUUGUCUUCAGUAAUCAGGUGAUCGCUGGCUGCGUGAAAAGAGAAUGGGCGAUUUGGAAGAGUGCUCAGAAAUUGAUGCAGCCAGAGGAGAGAAAGGGGCUGAAGGAUCUGGCGAGACGUGUCUUUCGACGACCAGAUAGGCGCGGCACAAACCACUCUCAGCAGAGAGCCGAGAUGGAAUUAGACAUUGCUGGGCACCAACCAAAUAUGGCUGAAGUAGGUAGGCUUAUUGCAUCCUGCAAGCGAAGCAUUGAGAUCUUGCAGGAAGAUAUCGAUGGUAUGUUGGAGCUGGUCAAGGGCGCAAAAGGCAAUUAGCUAGGCACGGCGCAUAUGGAUGCAAGGCUCAAGCAGAGUAAACUUGUCGUCAAGGGCGUCGAAGAUACACAAUUGUAAAGUAG